ACCCCCGCCACUGGCCCCUGAGCUGUGCUGGAAUCCGCGCAGCCUUGCUGGUGUUGGUUUGUGCAACCCUGGGUUUGCCUGUGGCUGCGUCUCAGGCGUGCAGGCUGAGCAGGGUUUGGGAAUGUCUGCCCACGUGCCCUGUGCGUGUUUGCAGAGCGUUAAUCCCACCCCCGCCCCGUGUUGCCUCUGUACACAGUGUGGGGGUGUGGGGCCCUGGGGUGCCUGCACCUGCAUGGGUGGGAGGGGUGAGGCAGUGGGCCCCACUGCUGUCCCCCCCACCCCCAGCUUGCGUAGCAGAGUGGCAGCUGGCAUCCUGGGGGAGGCGGGGAAGGGGAAGCAGUAGGCCCUGGCCCCUUAAGAGCCUCUGAUGAGCCUUAUAGGGUCCACCUGCAGGGCGCCAGCGGCUAAGCGGCUAAGAUGCAAGAGGUCAUUGCCGGCCUGGAGCGCUUCACCUUCACCUUCGAGCACGAUGUGGAGAUGCAGAGGGGCACGGGGCUCCUGCCCUUCCAGGGCAUGGACAAGUCAAGUUCAGCUGUGUGCAACUUCUUCCCUAAGGGCCCGUGCGCCAAAGAGACGCUCUGCCCCUUCCGGCACGAGCACGGGGAGAAGACGGUGGUGUGCAAACACUGGUUGCGGGGCCUGUGCAAGAAGGGUGACCACUGCCGGUUCCUGCACCGCUACGACGCCACCAGGAUGCCCGAGUGCUACUUCUACUCCACGUUCGGUGACUGCAACAACAAGGAGUGUUCCUUCCUCCACGUGAAGUCGGCUGUCAAGCCCCGGGACUGUCCUUGGUACGAACAAGGUUUCUGCAAGAAUGGCCCCCUAUGUAAGUACCGCCACACCCGCAGAACCAUGUGUCUCCGCUACCUCGCUGGCUUCUGCCCCGAGGGACCCACAUGCCAGUUUGCCCAUCCCAAGAUCAAUCUUGCAUUCAACCCGAGUUGCAGGCAGGGAACAGGGCCCAGCUCAGGACUUGGGGUCCGACGUUGAUCUCCCGAAUCGGGGCCACCCCGGGUUCCGACACGCGCCCAGACCCUGCCGAUGCCAAGUGUUGACGAGGGCCCGCGUGGAGGCUUUGCGAACUGCGCCCUGCAGGCCGGACCUGGCCGCCGUCUGCAUCUGCGCAGCAGGGGAGCUGAGCGUGGUUUUAUAAAGCUUGGAGAAAAAAAUAAUAAAGUUUUGUGACACGUGGAAUUGAUUAGUUCCAGUGCUUUGUGGAGUUUGAUUGGAAUGGGGCCACGCACAUCAUUUCCCUCUUGUCCACGCGGCAGUGAUGGAGGUGGGGCCUAGUGGGAGGUG